AAUAAAGUCGUCUUCUUCCCUCCCUCUCUCCCUCCCUCCUUCCGUCCCUGCCAUCCCCGCGACGGCUUUUCCAAUCUCCGCUCUUCAGUCCACCGAAAGUUAACUUUCCGAUCUCAGGCAUUAUCUUUCGCACUUGAUUUCAAUUUUUGCGUCUAUUUUAUCUGCCGAGGUUGUUUGAUACUGGAUCGAAAUCAGCUCUCUCUCUCUCCGGUUGUUGCAGAAGAUCUGGAUAUUUACCUGCAGAUCCGAAAGUGAAGAGAGCUGGAUCUGAUCGGAUAGUUGAAUGGCAAUGCAUGGGAUGCGAGGCCUCUCCGUUUUCAUCAGCGACAUUCGCAAUUGCCAGAACAAAGAGCAGGAGCGCCUUCGAGUCGAUAAGGAGCUCGGCAACGUCCGUACUCGCUUCAAGAACGAGAAGGGAUUGACACCAUAUGAAAAGAAGAAAUAUGUUUGGAAAAUGCUUUACAUAUAUAUGCUUGGUUAUGACGUUGAUUUUGGUCACAUGGAAGCUGUUUCUUUGAUAUCUGCUCCCAAAUAUCCAGAAAAGCAGGUUGGAUACAUUGUAACAUCAUCUUUGCUCAAUGAAAACCAUGAUUUCCUGAGACUGGCAAUCAAUACUGUCCGCAAUGAUAUAAUUGGUCGCAAUGAGACCUUCCAGUGCCUAGCAUUGACAAUGGUUGGAAAUAUUGGUGGUAGAGAAUUUGCAGAGUCAUUGGCACCUGAUGUUCAGAAGUUACUUCUAUCCAGUAGCUGCAGACCUCUUGUACGAAAAAAAGCUGCAUUAUGUUUGCUUCGAUUAUAUAGGAAAAAUCCUGAUGUAGUCAAUGUAGAUGGCUGGACGGAUCGGAUGGCGCAACUUUUAGAUGAACGCGAUCUUGGUGUUUUGACAUCUUCAAUGAGCCUUUUUGUGGCUUUGGUAUCAAACAAUCAUGAAGCAUACUGGACCUGUCUUCCAAAGUGCGUUAAAAUAUUGGAGCGCCUUGCUAGGAACCUUGAUGUCCCACAAGAAUAUACUUACUAUGGUAUUCCGUCUCCCUGGCUUCAGGUUAAAACAAUGAGGGCUCUCCAGUAUUUUCCUACUAUUGAAGAUCCAAAUACUAGAAGAAUAUUGUUUGAGGUCCUACAACGCAUAUUAAUGGGAACUGAUGUUGUGAAAAACGUUAAUAAGAAUAAUGCAUCACAUGCUGUCCUCUUUGAAGCCCUUGCUCUUGUCAUGCAUCUUGAUGCUGAAAAGGAGAUGAUGUCCCAGUGUGUUGCACUUCUUGGAAAAUUUAUUGCUGUGCGCGAGCCAAAUAUCAGAUAUCUUGGCUUGGAAAAUAUGACGAGGAUGUUACUGGUAACUGACAUGCAAGAUAUCAUCAAAAGACAUCAAGCUCAGAUCAUCACCUCUUUGAAGGAUCCUGACAUCAGUAUUCGUAGGCGUGCUCUUGAUUUGCUUUAUGGGAUGUGUGAUGUUUCAAAUGCAAAGGACAUUGUUGAAGAAUUACUGCAGUAUUUGAGCACAGCUGAUUUUGCAAUGCGUGAGGAAUUAUCACUGAAAGCUGCUAUUCUAGCAGAGAAGUUUGCGCCUGAUCUGUCAUGGUAUGUGGAUGCGAUCCUUCAGUUGAUUGACAAGGCAGGAGAUUUCAUAAGUGACGACAUAUGGUUCCGGGUUGUGCAGUUUGUGACUAACAAUGAGGAUCUACAGUCGUAUGCAGCUGCAAAAGCAAGAGAGUUUCUUGACAAGCCUGCUGUUCAUGAGACAAUGGUCAAGGUCAGUGCUUAUAUUCUUGGAGAGUUUAGCCAUCUUUUGGCUAAAAGCCCUGGAUGCAGCCCAAAAGAAAUUUUUAACAUCAUUCAUGAGAAGCAUCCUACAGUACCGACUUCUACUAUCCCUGUUCUUCUUUCAGCGUAUGCCAAAAUCUUAAUGCACACACAACCUCCAGAUCCAGAAUUACAAAAUCAGAUUUGGGCAAUAUUCAACAAAUACGAGAGUUGCAUUGAUGUGGAGAUACAACAGCGAGCGGCUGAGUAUUUUGCUUUAAGCAGGAAAGGAGCUGCUCUAAUGGAUAUAUUGGCUGAAAUGCCUAAAUUUCCUGAACGUCAGUCUGCAUUGAUCAAAAAAGCAGAAGAGGCCGAGGUAGACACUGCAGAGCAAAGUGCAAUCAAGUUGCGGGCUCAGCAGCAAAUGUCUAAUGCUUUGGUUGUGAUUGACCAACUCGCUACUAAUGGGGCACCACCACCACCACAAGUCAACCAGCUUAGUCUAGUAAAGAUGCCCAGCAUGAGCAGUACUGCGGACCAUAAUCCAGCUGAUCAAGCUUUAUCUGUGGCAAAUGGAACUUUAAGCACUGUAGAUCCUCAACCCCCUUCUGCAGAUCUCCUAGGUGAUCUUUUGGGCCCGCUGGCUAUUGAAGGACCUCCUGCUGCUGCUGUCCCAUCUGAGCAUAAUGUGGUCUCUGGCCUUGAAGGCAUUCCAAAUGUAGUGGAUGGUGCAGCCAUUGUACCAGUGGGAGAGGAGACAAAUUCUGUUCAGCCAAUAGGAAAUAUUGCUGAAAGGUUUCAUGCUUUAUGCCUAAAGGAUAGUGGGGUUUUAUAUGAGGAUCCCUAUAUUCAGAUUGGCAUCAAAGCAGAGUGGCGAGCUCAUCAUGGGCGUCUUGUUCUUUUCUUGGGCAACAAGAAUACCUCUCCUCUUGUUUCAGUUCAGGCACUUAUAUUGCCUCCUGCCCAUCUAAAGAUUGAGCUUUCUUUAGUGCCUGAAACUAUACCUCCUCGUGCACAGGUCCAAUGCCCACUUGAGAUUGUAAAUCUCCGUCCAAGCAGGGAUGUAGCUGUUCUUGAUUUUUCCUACAAGUUUGGCACUAAUACGGUUAAUGUCAAGCUUCGUCUUCCUGCUGUGAUAAAUAAAUUUCUUCAGCCAAUACCAGUAUCUGCUGAAGAGUUUUUUCCUCAAUGGAGAUCACUUUCAGGACCACCAUUAAAGCUUCAAGAAGUUGUUAGAAGUGUGAGACCAAUGCCUCUACUGGAGAUGGCAAAUCUCCUUAACAGUUACUGUUUAAUGAUAUGUUCAGGACUUGACCCAAAUCCUAAUAACCUAGUAGCAGGCACAACCUUUUACUCGGAGAGCACACGUGCCAUGCUCUGCCUGAUCAGAAUUGAGACUGAUCCAGCAGACAGAACCCAGUUGCGUAUGACAAUUGCUUCAGGCGAUCCUACACUAACGUUUGAGUUGAAGGAGUUUAUCAAGGAACAAUUGAUCAGUAUUCCUAUGGCUCCUCAUGGACCUGCACCACAAACUCCACAGACACAAGCUUCAAUUACAGCUGCAACACCACCAGCACCUUCAGCAGUUCAACCAACCAGCACGCCAAUGGCAAUGAAUGAUCCUGGGGCACUGCUAGCUGGUUUGCUGUAAUGAAUUAAUGGUGAUUGAAUGUGAAGAUUUGUUCAAUAUAAUGCUUGUAGGCCUAAUUAUACGGCAGCCCCACCCAUUUGUCCCUCACCGUGAGAAGUGGAUGCGGAAAAUCAUGAAUGCGAGGGCUGGCGGCAUCAGGAUGAGCUAAUUUAUUAUCGGCUUAGUGAAGAGUGGAAGGUGGGGAUUGGUGGGAUUUUGAUAUUCUUUCUGCACAAUAGGUAUAUUGUGCGUUGGUGAGUUCCCUUUUUUUUUUUUUUUUUUUGGGUUUCAAAGUGUUUUAUGGGUUGAGGGUUUUUUUUUUUCUCUUCAUUUUUGCCCCCUCCUUAUUUCUCAGUUUUACUGGAUUGGUUUCUAUUCUACAUGUGGUAUAACUUGUAAGAUAUGGCAUGGAAGGAGGAACAGCUGUAACAAUUGGUAUUUGUUUGUCAAUUUACAAAUAUAUUUUUUCAAUAUUU